CCAGAUCACAGGUCCCGGGGGAGGUGAGAAGGCCAGAUGGGUUCUUUCCUAGCCUGCUAGGAUGUGAGCUUGCAUUCAUUUUGCCAAUGAGUUUCUGACUCAGAGCCAGUUUAUUUUUCCCAUGCUUCUUUGAACUAUAAAAAUUGCCUUUUUUCUUUAUUUCAGUGUUUUAUCUAUGUAGUGGGCCUUGGGUACAAAAUGUGUGAGAAGUGUCAAUCAUACUCAUGUUUUUGCCCCGACACUGUAGGCAGAAUUUUCUGUCCGGAAGUGUUAACUAGCCAGAGAUGAUUUCUGCACAUGUUCAAUGUCUGUAUGUCUGUGUCUGUGUAUUUGCAUGUGCUGAAUAUGUUAGGAGCCUGGGAACUGUUUUGUUAUUCCCUUUGCUUGGAUGGACUGUAUUUACCUCUUGCUUGGCAAAACUGAAUUCAACACAAAAGGAAAAAGACUUUGAAUUUGGCCAGCUGAGUUUCCAUCAGUGUCAUUUACCAUCUCGGACCUGUUCCUGCAUCACCCCUAGUUCCUACUGGCGUCUAGCAGUGCUGCUUGCCCAGGACCCAUGGCACCUGUCAUUCCCCACAGCUGGCCCCUUGGAAGAAGAGCAGUUUGGCUUCCCCUCAUUCAGUGGCAUCUCUCGCCUCACCUGGCUGGUGUCCCUCUUUGGGGAGCUUUCCCUUGUGUCUGCUACUUUGGAAGAGCAGAAGGAAGACAAGUACAUGAAGAUGACUGUGCGCCUGGAGACCAAGAGUCAGCGCCCGCUGUCCUGGAUUGAAGAGAAAGGACCUGGUUUAAAACGAAACAGACAUAUAAGUUUCCACUUCAAAUCGGGAUCCCUGGAGAAUGUGCCACAUGUAGGAGUCAAUAAGAACAUUUUCCUGAACGAUCAGAACAUAUUUGUCCAGAAACUCCUGGGCCAGAUCUCUGAGAUGGAACUGGCUGCUGAAAAGAAACGCAUCCUACAUUGCCUGGGACUGGCAGAAGAAAUCCAGAAAUCCUGCCGCCAGAGCAAGUGAGAGCUGGGAGCUACGCUACCAGGCCUCUCUGGAACCAGAACAGCACAUGUGUCCCCAGGUGACCCUUAUGUCUGUUCUGACAAUUAAACACAUUGGGUAAACUA